AUGGGUACGCAGUCAAGCUUCUCACAGCCGCCCAUCGACGAGAUCAAGAUGUGGCCUUUCGAGCUCGGCCCAGAUGCGUCCGUGGCACCACACCAGACUCUCCAUUUUAACGAACUCUUCAUGUCGCCGGCUCACCACCCGGACCCAUUCUCUCAGUCUUCGGCAGCGGAGCUGUCGUCGACGCUCCUCCCCGCCGCUGAGCCCAUGGCCAAUUUCAUCCACCCGCAAGAACUGCACGUCUCGUCGUCAGGAUCCGAGUCGUCCCGGUCCCCGCAAAGCCAGCACGGCUCUCUGGACCUCACCCACCGCGGGUCGUUUGAUUCUUCUUCUUCUUCUUCUUCUUCAUCAUCAGUAGCCACCGACUACCUUUCUCUGGACCGCCAACGGGCGAUCCGACGACUGUCGCUCGCCACCUCGGACCUGUCCAACGACACGUACAGACCUCGCAAUACGCCCGCGCGACCGCGCAAGUCGGCGUCGAGUCGAAUCACACCGCGCUCCCAGAAGCACGCCCGCGAACUCGAGCUCAACCGGAAAGCCGCCACCAAAUGUCGAAACCGCCAAAAGGCCUUUGUCGAAAACCUCCAAGCCCGCUGCAAGCGCGAGGAGGAGAAGAUGCACGUGCAGACCUCGCUUCUCCAUGCGCUGCACGAUGAAGUUGUCGCUCUGAGGAAUGAGAUCAUGAGGCAGAGCUUUUGCGAUUGCCAGUUCCUCAAAGGCGCCGCGAGCGUGCUGUUGACAUAG